AUGGAAAAAAAUGUCAAGGUAAAGGCUGAUAAUGUGUUAGCUCGAGAGAUUCGUGAUGUUAAGGAAGCAAUGAGAAACCUCCAAACUACUAGGGGAAACAAAAGCCUAGAAUAUGAGGAUCUCUGUGUGCAACCUGACAUUGAUUUGCCUGUAGGGUACAAACUACCAAAGUUUGAUACUUUCAAUGGAAUUGGUGAUCCUCAUACACAUCUAAGGGCGUAUUGUGACAAACUGGUAGGAGUGUGGAGAGAUGAGAGGGUCAAAAUGAAGUUGUUCAUAAGAAGUUUAUCUGGUGAAGCUCUUGCUUGGUACACACAACAAGAUCUCCAUAAAUGGCGUGGUUGGAGUGAUAUGGCACAAGACUUUAUAGAUCGAUUCAAGUUCAAUACCGAUAUCAUACCAGAUAGUUUCUACCUAACUAAGUUAAAGAAGAAGUCUACUGAGACAUUUCGUGAGUAUGCUCUACGUUGGAGGUCAGAAGCAGCUAGAGUCCAACCACCGAUGAGUGAAAGUGAAAUGACUGCUACCUUUAUUGAAUCCCAAGAUAACAGUUUUUACUAUGAGAAAAUGAUAACCAUGAUGGGACAAAAGUUCACGGAAAUCAUUAGAAUGGGAGAAAUCUUGGAAGAAAGGAUCAAAUUAGGAAGGAUCCAAGACUUUACAACCUCGCAUGCUGCAAGCAAAGCGAUUCAAUAUGGUUCUAUCAAUGGGAACAAAAAGAAGAAAGAAGAUGUAUCUGCUGUCAUGAUUGACCAAAGAUGCAUGCCAGGUCAAGUUCCUCCCUACCUAAAUCAACCACAUCAACCACAUCAACCCAUUUACCCUUACCAAUAUGGUGAAGCCUCACAGGAUCUCUACUAUCCUCCAUCAACUCCUUACCAUGUCUACAACACCCAAACAAACUAUUAUCAACCUCGAGCUCCUACUUAUAAUAAACCACAUUCAUACCAACCACUCCAAGCUUCAACUUUUCAAAAUCGACCAUAUGCUGCACCUAGAGCUGGUCCAAAUCAUGAAAUCAAAACCACUCGCAACUAUACCAAAAUAGUAGAACCAUUGGCUCAGUUGUUUGAGAGGUUAAAAAUAGCAGGUAUGAUACAACCAAUUGAAGGGAAAAUUCAUGAUCUUAUUCCAAAAUGGUUUGAUAGUUCGAAGCGUUAUGCCUAUCAUUCUGGAGUUGUUUUACACAACACUGAAGAUUGUUAUGGUCUCAAAAACAAGAUUGAAGCUUUAAUUAAAGAAGGAGCAAUCCAACUUAUUGGACCUCAACCCAACGUGAACAAUAACCCUCUGCCUAAACAUGGGAAUGCCAAUGUGAACAUGAUAACUAUUGAGGAGGAUUUGGAUGUGAAAGGAGAGGUUACUGCUGCAACAUCUUACAUACCUCUCUACAACAACGAGACACCGACCAUUUGGGGUGCUGAACCAGAGGAGACUUUGAAGAAUUGGACUAGUACUUCGUCUCUGGUUCGCCGGGAGUCUUGGUAG